GUAAAUAGCGCAGCGCAGGCGGCACCGCCAAGGACAAGAGGAAGGAAGCCGCAGCUUCGCCCUCCGCACACUCCACAGAGACUCAGACAUUCCACACAGACAGUCCCGCGCCAUGCAGCUCCUCCGUCAGCUCGUGCUCCUCGCGGCCACCGCGCUGGUCGCCGCCGUCCCAAGCUCCGCUGCGGAGCAGCCGGCGCAGCAGCGCACGCGUCUGCGCGGCCUGCUGGAGCAGCUCGUGAGCGACGAGGCCACGCCCGCGCCCGCGCGCGAGCUCCUGGCCACCUGGGAGGACGGCAAGGCGGGCGAGUCCCGCAAGCUGCAGCCCAUCGCCGACAAGAUCGUGGGCGGCGAGGCCGUCGUGGUGUUCAACGACCGCCGCGUGAGCCCCGAGGCCCAGAUGGAGUCGGCCGUCGUGCAAUUCAACGUGCGGACGCGGCCCAACUGCGUCGUGAGCGUGUGCGGCGAGCUCACCAAGUGGUACCUCGGCUCCAAGGAGCAGUGCUUCGACCUGCGCGUGGCGCCCAAGUCGGCGGACGACCGCGAGAACGGCCUGAUCCACGGCGUCUCGGCCGCGUACUCGGGCCUGCGCCCCGUGGCCCACAAGCUGUACCUCAAGUUCGACCAGACCAACCUCAUCGACGGCGACAAGUGCGAGUACGAGAUCAUCUCCGGCAGCAAGACCGUGCGGCAGGAGGAGCUGGCCACCGGCUCGCAGCAAGCCGCGGCAUAGGCCACAGGGCCGGAUCGCUCCCCCCUCCCUCAUGUGCGCUUCGGCUGCAUACAGCCUUCUCGUAGUGUAAAGAGCUGUACAAUAGGAUAGAACCCACUAAUAUUAACUCGCGCUUGC